AUGCACACGCGCUUCCGCUUCCGCCCGCCCUUCGGACACGCCCCUCCUCCCACCAAACCAAUCGCCGCGCAGCACUGCCCGCGUCCGCCGUCGCUCGCCCCGCCCACAACGCGCAGCCGCACGCGCACGCGCAGUGCCCACGGGGGCGACCAGGGGUCAGGACGGCGGAGGGCCCUUGGGGCAGGACUGGCCAUGGCAGCGCUGCGACUGCUGUACCAGGCUGCCCGUGCAGGCCCCCUGGCCCCGCUGGGCUCCCUGCUGCCGCUCAGCACCAGCACCCCCAGGGACUGUUACAAGCAAUACGUCAACAUCCGGGAGCCGGCCAUGGACAUGCGAUCCAUCACCGACCGCGCCGCCCAGACCCUGCUCUGGACUGAGCUCGUCCGAGGCCUGGCCAUGACCCUGAGCUACCUUUUCCGUGAGCCGGCCACCAUCAAUUACCCGUUUGAGAAGGGCCCGCUGAGCCCGCGGUUCCGCGGGGAGCACGCGCUGCGCCGGUACCCGUCCGGGGAGGAGCGCUGCAUCGCCUGCAAGCUCUGUGAGGCCGUGUGCCCGGCACAGGCCAUCACCAUCGAGGCCGAGCCCCGCGCCGAUGGCAGCCGCCGCACCACGCGCUACGACAUUGACAUGACCAAGUGCAUCUACUGUGGGUUCUGCCAGGAGGCCUGUCCUGUGGAUGCCAUCGUGGAGGGCCCCAACUUCGAGUUCUCGACGGAGACGCAUGAGGAGCUGCUCUACAACAAGGAGAAGCUGCUCAACAAUGGCGACAAGUGGGAAGCUGAGAUCGCAGCCAACAUCCAGGCUGAUUACCUGUACCGGUGACGGCCCCACCCACCCCCCAAAUAAAGCUUUUGGGGUUUUCCCCUCUGCUGGCACUGUGGGUGCCAGCCCCUUCCCAUAA